GGUUGAAGAGUCUUGUUAUUUCAAAGGGGGCCAUCUUUUCCUUGGUCUGGGUGGAUGACUAGUACCCGUCCUGGUGUCGAGUGUUCGCUGCUCUGUGGCGGAUCGGGCUAUAUAGAAAAUCUACGAUAUAGAUACAGGUGUUAUGACGACCACCCUACAACGAUCGUGGAUAUUGAAUACAGGAAUGGCACGUGCCAUACAGAACCAUGUGGAGAUAAAUGCCUUCCUGGUGUGUAUAGAUUUCUCCCUCACUCCACGAACCCAGGUCGCUUUUACCAGUGUUCGAACGAGAGGGCGUUUCUUCACCGCUGUCCACCCAACACUGUCUGGGGACAAGCUCUAGGAAGAUGUGCAUGGCCAUGGGAAGUCAAGUAAAGCGACUGACAUUGAUCUUCGUGAAUACUUAUAAGUGAUUAUUAUUAUACCUAUAUCGGUGGUUGUUUUUCCAUAGCCAUCUAUAGCAAUUCCAGCAUUACUGCCAAAUUCCAAAUUCUUUAAUAUUC